AUGGGGAGGAAGCUGGACCUGUCCGGUCUGACAGAUGAUGAGACGGAACACGUUCUCCAAGUGGUACAGAGGGACUUCAAUCUCCGCAAGAAGGAGGAGGAACGGCUAAGCGAGAUGAAGCAGAGGCUGGCCGAGGAGAACAGCAAGUGCAGCAUCCUCUCAAAACACCAGAAGUUUGUGGAGCGUUGCUGCAUGCGGUGCUGCUCGCCCUUCACCUUCCUGGUCAACGCCAGGCGCCGCUGCGGCGAAUGCAAGUUCAGCGUCUGCAAGAGCUGUUGCUCCUACCAGAAGCAGGAGAAGCUGUGGGUUUGCUGCGUCUGCCAGCAAGCCAGGCUUCUGAGGACGCAGUCUCUGGAAUGGUUCUACAGCAAUGUGAAGAGCCGUUUCAAGCGUUUUGGCAGCGCCAAGGUCCUGAAGAACCUAUACCGGAAACACCGUCUGGAGAGCGGCGCCUGCUUUGACAUCUUAGGAGCAGGGUUGUUUGAACCGACCCUGGAGAAUGAAGGGAGCAUUUCAGGAAGCGAUUCGACUUUCUACAGGCAGUCAGAAGGACACAGCAUGAUGGACACCUUGGCCGUCGCCCUACGAGUGGCAGAAGAAGCCAUUGAGGAAGCUAUUUCCAAAGCGGAAUCCCACGGGGAUAGCCUGGACAAGCAGAACGAGGCCAGCUACUUGCGGGACCACAAAGAAGAGCUGACCGAGGAGCUGGCCACCACCAUCCUGCAGAGGAUUAUAAGAAAGCAGAAGGGCAAAGCAGAGCCACAAGCAGAGGAAGAGGAGCCGGAGUGGCCACGGCCCCAGAGUGGCGGUGUGAAGGCCGAGGAUGAGGAGACCACGGCCCCUCCAGGACGCCAGCGAGCACGUGCCACCCUCUGGCGGUCUCAGUCUGCAUACGCCUUCACUACAGAAGACGCUCUGAAGACCUGUUCAGCGGAGGCUGCACCAAGGCAGGCCAGGGACCGUGGCCAGCGUCUGCUGGAGGAGUCAGCUUUGCCCAGCUGGAAGAGCAUGGACAGGCUGGAUGGAACAAAUCUGGCCCCAGUUUUGCAGAGCCCGGAUGGGAACUGGACGGCCUUGAAGGAUGAUGGUACGCGGCCUCCGAGCCGCCUGCUGGCCAGACCCAAGAGUGGUACCUUUCAGGCCCUGGAGGUGGCGUCCAGCGUGACAUCGGCCUAUGAUGAGCUAGGUUCCGACAGUGAGGAAGACUUUGACUACCGUGAGACCUUGAGUAAGCUGUGCCCGCUGUCCCAGGGCAGAGCCAAGCAAUCGCAGCCUCAGCCUACACCGUGUUCAGGCCAAGGUCCCUCAGCCACCUCUCCCUCAAACCCUGAGGCCAUGGGCUCCGAUUCAGAGACUUCCUCCACCAGCUCAUCUCGGGAAGCUGGACGCCGGGCCAGGCUGACUUGGCUGCAGAGGAAGGCCCCCAAGAACCCCACGGCAGAGAAGAUGCGCCUCCAGGGAGAGCUGGAUGUGAAUUUCAACCCCCAGGCAGUCUGCGGAGAGACUUCUGACAGUAGUGAUUCAGAAGAGACCCUCCACACUGCAGACCGCAGGGCCAGGAGGUGGAGAAGGGCCCGAGUGGGCCCAGAGGAGACAAACAGGGGGCUGUCUUUGCCUGGUUCCCACCCACAGGGUCUGCUCACACAUCAGGUGUCAGACAAUAUGUCAGAGACUGACAUCAGCAACGAGGCUCAGAAUUCCCGGACCAGCACAGACUCUGCAGAGGAGAAGCUGAGAAACAGGCUGUACAAAUUAGCCAUGAAAAUGAGCGAAAAGGAGACUUCUUCCGGGGAGGACCAGGAGUCUGAGCCCAAGACUGAACCUGAGAACCAGAAGGAAAGUUUCUCUUCUGAGGGGAACAGCCAGGACGUCCAGGAGGAGCUGAAGAAGAAGUGUUCUGCUGUUUCUCUCUGCAACAUCUCCACAGAAGUCCUGAAGGUCAUCAAUGCUACUGAGGAACUGAUCGCGGAGUCUGCAGGGCCCUUUGAGAUCCCCCCAGUCCCAACAGACAGAGACAUGGGGAUGUUUCCUCUUGGGACAGACCAAGUGAGACUGGACAAGCAGCUGACUUCCUUGGAAGAAAACGUGUACCUGGCAGCGGGCACCGUGUAUGGGUUGGAGGGACAGCUGAGCGAGCUGGAGGAUGCUGCCCGCUGCAUCCACAGCAGCACAGGUGAGAUGGAGCUGGCAAAUCUGGAGGACCAAGUGGCUGCAGCUGCUGCACAGGUACACCAUGCUGAGCUCCAGAUUUCUGACAUCGAGAGCCGGAUUUCAGCCCUGACCAUCGCUGGCUUGAACAUAGCACCCUGCGUGCGUCUCACAAGACGCCGGGAUCAGAAGCAAAGGAGCCAGGUACAAACUAUAGACACAUCGAGGCAGCAGAGGAGGAAACUGCCCGCACCGCCUGUGAAACCUGAAAAAUUUGAAGCGUCUUCUGUGGUCCCCAUUAAAACAUUUAACCGCAACUUCCUUCUACAAGGCUCCUCCACAAGCCGGCCCUCGGAAAGGGAGGGCGGCGACCCCAAGGACUUGGUGGAGCCUGUUCUGGAGUCGGCUGUGAUGUACUAACCACGGAACUCCACAGCCAGUGACCCACUGCCUCCGGCCGUACACGACAGUGCCUUGACCCAACAGCCAUCGAGUACUGUGUGGAUUUCCAC